AUGGCUGCUUUGCAACAAAAUUUUUCAAAAAUGAUUUCAGCCCAGCUACGCAGUAAAGCAAACGACUUUUUAAACUCAAGGAAAAAUGCUAAUAAUCUUGCCGAUAUCAUACAAUUGUUUGAGGCUGAAACUGAAAACUUUACAUCCGUACUCCUUGCGAUUGAAGUAAUAUUCACUGAGUUACUGAAAAGAGGUGACCUUUUACAAGUGGUCGUGCCAUUAAAGCCAGCAGAUCAAUCUCCCGAAGCCCUAUAUAAGAAAUGGCUGAAUGAAUGCUAUGAGACAGCACUUACUCAUGCUUUACAAUGUGUAAAAAAAGGAAAAAUAACUUCACGGCUCCAAGCCCUGGUUACUUUAUGUAAGCUGAUGCAGGCUGAGGGGAAUUAUCCUCUGGAGCCUUUGAAUGGUUACUAUUUUCCUUCAGUUAGAUUGAAGAAUAUAUUUAAUGUUUUGUUGGACUCUGAAAUACCAAUGUCUGCACCAAUAACCCGUUUUCAAGAGUUCACUGAAUACAGGGAUGUGCAACAGUUUGGUCUAAAGGUCUUAACAACACUUGCAUACCGCAAGUCUCCAUCACAUGUUUUUAUACAGAAUUAUCUGGAGCUUUUAGAUAAACUACUUGCAUUGGAGAUCCCAACAGAAGUAAAAAAAGCCAAGGGCAAGGAAGAUGAUAAAGAGGAUAAAGUUCUUUGCAGUAGUAAUGGUAAACAAUUCCCAUUCAGUCCAGUAUCAUGCAAGCGGUAUGCAAAUCGUUGCUGGGGAUUUGCUUGUCAGUGGUCUCUGUGUGAAGACCCAAAGACACACAGACGAGCCCUAAUGCUGUUAGUAGAGAGACUCAUGCCAUUGUUAAAUAAGCCACAGCUUGCUACUGACAUGCUCUGUGACAGUUUGGAUGCCGGUGGUCCUAUCAGCAUGUUAGGUCUCCAGGGUGUGUUAGAGUUGGUCCGUCACCACAAUAUCUCAUACCCGGAUAUAUAUGACCGGCUCUAUGCUAUGUUUGAACCUGAAAUGUUCGCCACGCGCUAUAAAAAGCGACUGAUCCAUUUGGCGGACAUAUUCCUCAGUUCUACACAUUUACCAGAAAGUCUUGUUGCGGCAUUCGCAAAGCGCAUUUCACGCUUAGCACUCGUGGCUUCACCCGACGACGCCCGUAGUUUGUUGCAAAUCGUCGCUAAUUUACUUCUUCGGCAUCCAGCGCUUAAGAGGAUGAUCUGCUCUGAAGAUUCGCCAGCUAUCAUGUCAAACGACCCCUACGUAAUGGAAGAGACAGGCGCGUCUCGUUCCCGUGCACUUGGUUCUUCAUUAUGGGAGGUCCGAGCUCUUUGUCGUCACUGGGCACCGGAAGUCACCAGUGCGGCUACACGCGUUCUGGCUUCGCAUAAUGCAAGGGAUCCGCCACUUUCAUUGGCCCCGCCUGAAGACAAUGAGCAAUUUGAAGCGGAACUGAAGAAAAGAUUCAAGACUAUAGAAAUCAACUUCAUUCGGCCGGAUGGAAUGUGUAUCCCAAGUGGAGAACGACUAAUGACCUACUGGGAUCUAACUGCUUAA